AUGUCAUUACAACAGGAUAUGAUGAACAAUACUGAUGAUGGAUUGUCUGCAAGUAGAGUAGAAUUAGUCCAAUACCCAAUCUUGAAUCCAGCAACUCCUCCAGCUCAGUAUGUGCAGAUGAACGAUGCCAAAGAAGCCAUCCCAAUCGCCAAACAAGAGCCAGAGACAUCAAGAGAGACCUUUCUUGUGGAGUACUACAAGAAAAUCCUAAGAUAACACUUGAGUAUCCUAGGAAUGUUCACUUUUGGGUUGAUGGAGUGGUUUGCCAACAUUGUGGUGGACUUUGGAUACUAUUACAACACUUUCAGAUGGACUUUCUAUACGUUUGUAGUAGCUCUCAUCAUAAUCGCCCUGGGAUUGCCCAUUACAAGGUCCUUAAGAACAAUAGUGAAACAUCAGAAUUCUAUAUUCUAUCUCCAGACAAUCUUGAUAGGAUUCGUGCUUAUUGGAAUAGGCAACGAAAACUCAGAUACACAUGCAACAGCAAUCAAUUGGUGGAUCAUCAUUACAUUGAUAAUCCUCAUCGCACACAGCAUUGCCCAAAUCGUGCUUGUCAAACACAACAUCACCCACUACUACACCAUGUUUAUGAAGUUCGCCAUCAUGGGAUCAAUAACACUCAACUUUGUCGUCGGAUUGUGUGCAUCAUCCUUAGAUAGUUCAUUUCCAGUCGCCGAAGCCAUCAUCAUCUAUUCCAUCUAUUAUUUCAAUCAGUUGAAUGAGCAUCUACUCAAAAAUUCAAGUGAACUACCAGAAGAUGUUUCAAUAGUGGGAAGAAUAUAAAUAAUUAAUAAAAUAUAAGCACUUUUCAAUUAGGAAGCACAAUCAAAUCAAGUUAUUGAAUAAAUCAAAGAAACCCAUUGUGUUGUCAACAGAUACAUUGCCAUAGUCAUUUCAAGUGCUGUUGCAUACCUUUUAAUCCUGAUCCUCAGCAUCGUCACUGGAAAUGCACUAUUCAUUGUAAUUGUGGUUGUGGUUUCAAUAUCACUCCUAAGCGUUGUGCUCAACACUUAAGUGGCUUCAAGAACUCUCCAAUAAGAGGACGUAACCUAUGCAGUGUGUUUGACCUACUUGGAUCUAGCCAGUCCACUCAAGAACAUUUUGAGAGGAAUCAUUUCCAAUUGA